AUGAGUUUUCGUGGCAGCUUUGACAAGUUCCGAGCUCACUCUAUUAGGACAGGAGUGUUUGAGGAUCAAACAGGAGAUGCUAUAGCUUCAGUGCAGGGCAUGGGGCGGACUAAAUCGAUACCCAGUGGUGUUUCUAAGUACCUCAAGCAAGGCUUGGAAAGUGUUGGCGCAUUAUUAUAUAAGACAGACGGUCACCAGAAAAAUAUAGAUCGGGUCAGGAAUAUAUGA